CCCGAGCCCCCGCAGCCUGCACUCACUAACACAUGAACAAGGAGGGAAGCGGUGGAUGAUGAUUUAACCCUGUCAGCGUCCCCCGAACCCCAGUUUAACCCGAGUUUAUCUCCAGUCUGAUGAGCAGAAUCCCCGCAGGCUUGACAGGCAGCUGAGCGGUGUAGUAUCUGCAGGCCUGUGGAUCUGAGGAGCUGUAUCCGCCGCUGUGAAUGAAUGGUAGCCUGUUAGCCGGAGAGCUAACCGCUGAUCUGCGCUGAUCCUCCUGCUGCUGCGUCUCACCGCCGCUUCUCUCUGAGCAGUGAUCAGAAACUCAGGACCAUGCUGGCGGAGCUGCUGCAGCUGCCCGUGCAGGAUCAGAUAUUCUACGCGGUGCUGGUGUUCUCAUGGACGGUGUAUCUGUGGGAGGCCUACCUCGCCUACAGACAGCGAAGGAUAUACAGGUCGACUAUGCAUGUGCCCACUGAGCUGGGGAAGAUUAUGGACUCGGAGACGUUCGAGAAGUCACGACUCUACCAGCUGGACAAAAGCAACUUCGGCUUCUGGUCUGGACUUUACUCUGAGACUGAGGGAACGCUGAUUCUGCUGUUGGGAGGGAUCCCCUUCCUCUGGAAGAUCUCGGGAAAUCUGACUGCUCGAUUUGGUCUGGGACCAGAGUAUGAGAUCUCCCAGUCUUUGGUCUUCUUGAUGCUGGCAACUUUGUUCAGUGCCUUCACAGGUCUACCAUGGAGCCUGUACAACACCUUUGUCAUUGAGGAGAAGCACGGAUUCAACCAGCAGACAUUAGGGUUCUUCCUGAAGGAUGCCCUAAAGAAGUUUGCAGUGACUCAGUGUAUUCUUCUCCCUGUGACCUCUCUUCUGCUCUACAUCAUAAAAAUCGGUGGAGAUUACUUCUUCAUCUACGCCUGGCUCUUCACUCUCAUCGUCUCUCUGGUGCUGGUGACCAUCUACGCUGACUACAUUGCCCCACUGUUUGAUAAGUUCACACCACUGCCAGAUGGAGAGCUAAAAACAGAUAUUGAGAGCAUGUCCAAAUCCAUCAGCUUCCCUCUCACCAAGAUCUAUGUGGUUGAAGGUUCUAAAAGGUCAUCUCACAGUAACGCCUACUUCUACGGUUUCUUCAAGAACAAGAGGAUUGUACUGUUCGACACGCUGCUGGAGGAUUACUCCCCUCUGAACCAGAGCGGUGAGGGGGAGGCUGCUACAGAGCAGAAGGAGGAGAGCGAGGUGUCAGGUGACGAGAGCAAGCCCAAACCCAAGAACAAGAAGCAAGGCUGCAGUAACCCAGAGGUUCUGGCUGUUCUUGGUCAUGAACUGGGCCACUGGAAACUGGGCCACACCAUAAAGAACAUCAUCAUUAGCCAGAUGAACUCCUUCCUCUGCUUUUUCCUUUUUGCUGCUCUGAUUGGUCGGAAAGAACUCUUCUUGGCCUUUGGAUUCAAUGACAGCCAGCCAACCCUCAUUGGGCUGAUGAUCAUUUUCCAGUUCAUCUUCUCACCAUACAACGAGUUGCUGUCGUUCUGUCUGACUGUGCUGAGUCGUCGGUUCGAGUUCCAGGCAGACAGGUUUGCUCGGGGCCUGGGUCGAUCCGCUGAGCUUUACUCGGCUCUCAUCAAGCUCAACAAAGACAACUUGGGCUUUCCAGUGGCCGACUGGCUGUUCUCCAUGUGGCACUACUCCCACCCGCCACUGUUGGAGCGCCUGAGAGCCCUCACCGGCCCUAAGCAGGACUGACGGUUCCACAAGAGGGCGCCGCGCUCACCACCCAGGAAGGGCCAGCGCCGGCCUCUGCUGGCCAUUUAAAAAGCAAAAUCUUUUCUCAAUCUCCUUUUUAUUAUAUAUUUUUUGUUUUAUUUCAGUAUUUUCUGAUCCCUUGGUGUGUAUCAGUUAGUUGAGUUUAAACUAGUUUGAACUUGUGCCGUGGUUUCCAGCUGCAGUCUUGUUGAACUUCCAAGUAUUUUCAUUUUUCCCUAACGCACCUUAUCCAGGUCUCUCAGUAAGUGACCUACCUAUUCAUGCAAUGUUUACAAAUGGGCUGUUGAGAGAUUGGACAAACUUUGGUUACGAAAUGUUGUUGAGUUUGUUUGGCUUAAAACCUUGAACUACCCAACUGUGGUAUUUUUAUAUUUAAUCCAUCACAGCAGUGCCACCAUACAAAACAAGUGUACACACUGUACAUUUAGAUAUUUCAGCAAUAACCGAGCUGUGCGCUACAGCUUCCCAUGAACCUGAAUGGGUUUUUCAUUUGACAUUUGACCAAUUUGUCCAGUUUUGCAACAUUUGCAAUGUGUGCAUUUGCGAUAUAAUGCAUUUGUGGGCGGAGCAUGGCUAGGUCAUCUGUCAAGCCCUUUAUAAAAUGGAUUAGGUGGGUUGGGAGAGGGGAAAAUCUGUUCCUAUGACUGCAGCUGAAAACUGCUGGCCUAAGUGGCUUUAACUGAACAAGGGCUUGAGGAAGCUGACCUUACUGACUGAUCAUGUUAGCGCUCACUAUCUGAGCACCUAGGUUUAUGUUUAUGCAUUUAGUUAUGUUUGCUAUGUUUGUUUGGAGAUUUUGUCUCAUUCCAAUUAAGUAGUCCCAGUUUUAGAAAGGCCAGAAUUCAGCUGUUUCUGCAGUUUGCUGCUUUCCCUGCUCAAGCACCCCAAGGACUAUUGGUGGAACAGUGCGUAGAAUCACGUGUGCUUCAGGAGGGAAAUCGCCCGACUGCUUUAGACUUUGUUUCUUUUCAAUGCCCCUUUAGGCAGGACCUCCUGAGACUCCUUAAAAAGGUGAAUUUUUAUGUAUUCCCAUGGUCAAGCGAAAUAUUUUUGAUCAUUUCAGUUCGUCACCUCGGGAACAGGCAUUUGUUUUACUUUGGAACCAAAAAGAUUCUGAUCAAUUUGUAAAUAGUGUUAAUUUUUUUUGUUAAUUGAGAGCAACUUACAAGCAUACGGUACAAAUUUGAGAAAUGUUGAAGGAAUAGUUAGCAAUUUUCUGAAAAUGUUUUAUUGUUUAGUUUCUUUUCAUUCUCAGUGCCUGUGUGUGUGUAUGUGUGAGUGGCAGGAGUGCUUCUAAGGGAAUGGUGUGUGUGUAGGAGUGAUGAGUCUAAUCCCAUCUCAUUUUCUCAGUUUCAUGAUUUCAUGCAAAGUUCCACAUUCUUACUUGAAGGGAAACCUUUUGUUCCUAAUUUUUUUAAUGUAGGUCUGCACAGUAUAUAGAUAAAUACAUACAAGAUAAAUACUGGAAUUGGGGAUAUUGGAAAUAUUACAAUAUAUUAAACAGUGAAAACUGGGGUGAAAGUUCAGCACCCACAGAAGCUCUCACCUGUUGUUAGUUGUAAUUGGUCAGGCUGCUCACAGGACACAGUGAACAGAAUUAUGAUUGGUUAGAGGGCUUAUAUGCAUGCCUUCUGUAACAACAGGCCAAUAUUGCGCAGCUCUACUUCCUUCAGUACAUUCAGACAAGAGUGUACUUUGUUUCUCUACGUUUUUGAACAUUAGCAUUUGAAGCAACAGUUAUAAACCAUUAAUCAGGACUUAAGGGCUGCCGUUACAAUACGUCAAGUUUGCAUGAUAAAAUUUGGAACACAGCCCCCAAGAUAUCCACCGUGAUCUCUACCACUGGAACUGGCUGAAAAAGACUGAAAUUACAACAGAUCCUAUCAUUCAGAGGAUUCCUCCUCAUCAUCCUCCUCCUUCAGAUAGUGGUGGCUUGGUCAUGUGAUCAGGCAUCAUGAGCUGCGUCUCAAUUGGCUCUCUGCUCCACACUAGGAUGCUUAUAGCGCUGAAUUACCCACAAGGAGGAGGUUGAACAUGAGAUCUAUUCUUCAGACUUAAACUCUUCAUACUCCCCUUGGAAAUCACCCUUUGCACUUCUACAUUUGCGGUGUUUGAUGUGACAUUUACGGAUGUGCUUUGUCUCAUAAUUAAAACCUUUCACAACG